AUGGGCGAGGUAGAGCGCAUAGUGGAGCGGGAGGAAACUGACAUCCAAGCAAAUGUCUUAGCCAUUCCAACCUUUGAGGCAAUGGGACUAAAGGAGGAGUUGCUGCGCGGCAUGUAUGGGUACGGGUACAAGAAACCCACCGCCAUCCAGAAACGGUUUAUUGUGCCGUUCACCCAGUCCCGUGACCUUGUGGCGCAGGCCUCCUCCGGCUCCGGUAAGACAUCAGCCUUUUGUAUUUGUCUCCUGCAGGUGUGCCAAUCAACGCUGCGAGAAACGCAAGGGCUGGUGCUCAGCCCCACGCGAGAACUGGCGCUGCAGACGCAGGAUCUUUGCAACAACAUUGGUCACCACAUGGGUCUCGCCGCGUACGCCUCUAUUGGAGGGAAGAGCAUGGAUGAUGACAUACGCAGGCUGGAAAGCGGGGUGCAGAUUGUCUCUGGCACCCCGGGGCGUGUGUUUGACAUGAUCAAGCGGCGUCACUUGCGCGUGAAUCACCUCAAGACACUUGUGCUGGACGAGGCGGAUGAGAUGCUUGGCAAGGGGUUCAAGGCGCAGAUUCACGACAUCUACCGCAUGAUUCCACCACUGCAGGUGGUGCUCGUCUCUGCAACGCUUCCGGUAGAUGUGCUUGACAUGACUGAAAAGUUCAUGACGGAGCCAGUGCGUAUUCUCGUUAAGCGUGACGAAAUUACGGUGGACUCCAUCAUGCAGUACUUUGUGUCGGUGGAUGAGGAAAAAAACAAGUUUGAGACCCUUUGCGAUCUCUACGACACUCUCACCAUCGCCCAUGCCGUCAUCUUUUGCAACACCCGCAAGAAGGUUGAACAGUUGGCGAAGAAAAUGACAAAGGAGAAGUUUUCUGUGAGUUGCAUGCAUGGCGACAUGCCGCAGGCAGAGCGAGAUGAGAUUGUGCGAAACUUCCGUGAGGGCAAAAGCCGGGUGCUUAUCUCAACCGACUUGUGGUCUCGCGGCAUUGACGUGGAGCAGGUGUCACUUGUGCUGAACUACGAUCUGCCUUUUUCCCGCGAGCAGUACAUCCACCGCAUUGGCCGCACGGGGCGCAUGGGCCGCAAAGGCCUAGCGAUUAGUUUUGUGAAGCAUGACGAGCUUCGGCUGCUGCGGGACAUUGAGCAGUUCUACGCCACGCAGAUUGAGGAGCUGCCCGCAAACAUUGCGGAUCAGUUCUAA